CUCACUUGUGAGAUAAGAUAACAGCCUCUGUUCGAACGGAAGUGGCUUCGUAUUGUGCCACCUCAGGGGUAUCCCAUGAAGCCUUUCAAAGCUUUUAAUCCUGAGAUCGAUCUUAUUCGAGAGAGUUCCAGCCACAUUUCUCUGUCUUUUGGUUGUUUUGAAAUGCCUUCCAUCAAACGUGUCGAACCCAUUUUGAGUGCGAUCAGGAAAGCGAAUGCCACGUCACACUCCAUCGGCAUAUAGUUUAUAUCCUCUUCAAGGGCAUGACCCAGUC